UACUCCCGCCUCCCUUCCUUCUUCCCUAACGGUCACCUUUUUCCAAGAUUUUCAUUCUUCAAAAAUAAAACCCUCUUCUCAUUUCAACCCAAAACACACACACACAGAGUCUCUCUCAUUCUUGAAUUCAUGGCUGACAAGAUGGAGGAAUAUCCCAUUGAAGAAGAAGAGAAGAAGAUUCCAGUGUUUACAGUGUUAAAGAAUGGGGCUAUACUCAAAAACAUCUUCCUCCUUGACAACCCACCGCCUUGUUCAACACCUCAAGAAAGAGAAAUUGAAGAGAUAUUGUUGGUUGGUAGACACCCAGAUUGUAAUAUUACGUUGGAACAUCCCAGCAUCAGCAGAUUUCACCUCCGUAUUCACUCUAAACCAUCCUCUCUCACCCUCUCUGUUACUGAUCUUUCUUCAGUCCAUGGAACAUGGAUUUCUGGUAAGAAAAUUGAAUCAGGAGUUAAGGUAGAGUUAAAAGAAGGUGAUAGGAUGCAACUUGGAGGUUCCAGCAGGGUUUACGGGCUUCACUGGGUUCCAAUCAGCUAUGCAUAUGAUUUUGAGAAUCGAUUUGUACCUACUCUUGGUGAUUCGGAACCUGAAGAAAGCACACAGGAGGAACAACAUCAGGAUGAGAGUGAUUUUUCCCUCCAAAAUGACAAAACUCAGAAGGAGGAUUAUGAUAUGGUGCAAGGUCUAGACUCAUCAUUUUCUGGUAUGAGUUCGUUUCCGCGUAUGAGAUGUUUGACUCCACCAGCUCCUCCAAUGCUUGAGCAAAUGAGUUCUCCAUUUCCUUAUAAAUAUGAGGCAGCAAACCAGAAUCCACCUGGGAAUAUCCAUGAAGAAGGUGAAAACAGUUUGCUGCAGCCUGCACGCCAACCUGACAAGGAAAAUAGUGCACCAAAAGCCCUUCUUGUCUCAGGACAGUUCCCAAAAGAAAAUGCAGAUGGUACUCUACCACUAUCUCAGCAAAGAUGUUCAAAUAUUUGGUCUAGAAGGGGAAAACCCUCCAGUGUUCAAAUUCAAACUGGUACUGGUAGAUAUAGAACAAUGAGUGAAAAAGUUGACAUGGAAACUGAAGUUGAACUGCUUAAUUGUGAAAUAGCAGGAACUGAAUCAGUUUCUAAAGAUCUUUUUGCUAGUGGAAACAAGGAUAAAGAGGACGAGGUCUUUACCCCUGACAAAGAGAACCAUACUCCUAGUUCUCUCUUCCUUGGAUCCAUGAAAACGUCUUGUCUUUCUGAGAUGACAACUGGAUCAUAUAGAAAGUCUGUGCUUUUUAAAAUGGAUGAUACCAAUGAAGAAAUUUUCACUCCGGACAAAGAGAAUAUGACACCAGACACUCGUCAGCUGAGUUUAAUGAAGAAGAUGGGAAGCCAGCAUCAAAUUAAGCUUCCAAAUACGUUGAAAUCUUCAUCUCUGAAACUUGUGGUUAAGCCUAAAUUCAAUCAAUCUAUAGGUUGUGUAUCCCAGAAAAAGGAGAAGCUAGGAUCAACUACUAAAUCAACACAGUCAAAUAUGGAUGAAAACGAUGAUGAAAUUUUCACUCCAGAUAAAGAGAAUAUGAUACCUGGUACACAUUUAAUGAGAUCAGUGAAGAAAAUUGGAAAGCUGGAAGAUCAGAAGCAUCUAGAAGCAUUUAAGUUUUCUCUGGACAAUGUAGUUGAUCCCAUGUUCCAUCAAAAUGGAACUCUAUUCUCCUCUGAGAAAGAUAAUAAUCAGACUGACAAAAUUCUUGAAGAACAGAAAUCAACAAACCUUGCCUCCACAAAUCCAGCAAGAUCGAAGGUAAACACAGUGAAGAACACAAUGGAUAGGGUGCCUUUGCAGUCAAUAUCUCCAGCAGAGGACAUUAAGUUGAGAGUCAAGCAUCCAGAAACUAAGGAAAACGAGGGUGUCAUGGAACAGAAGAGAUGGACCAUUGUAGUAGACACUGGUUCAUUGCUGAAUAAAGCAUCAAGGAAAAGUUUGCAGCUGCUGCAAGGUCUCAGGGGAACUUAUCUGAUAAUUCCUAGAACUGUCAUAAGAGAAUUGGAUUGCAUGAAGAGGCGCCCUAGACUGUUUAGAAGGAGAACUGAGGUAUCUGAAGCAUUAGAAUGGAUAGAAGACUGCAUGCUAAAAGCAAAGUCAUGGAUUCAUGUACAGAGUUGUGCGGAGGAAACAAGAGCAGUGGCACCAACCCCUCCUGCUACUGCCCCAUUUUCUUUGUUCAGUGAGGAGAACGGCAUGUUUCCAGUUGGCUCGCUUCAAUUUUCUCCACAUAUUGCCUCACCUACAGCAGAAGAUCAUAUCCUUGAAUAUGCACUCUUCUUCAAAAGAAGCAACAGAAACGGACAACUAGUCCUCCUUAGCGAUGAUCUUACCAUGAAAAUCAAGGCCAUGGCAGAAGGUUUGAACUGUGAGACAGCAGAAGAGUUUCGUGAGAGCUUAGUCAAUCCAUUUUCUGAGAGAUUUCUUUGGAAGGACAGCUCUCCCAGGGGAAGGACUUGGUCAUGUGAGGAUGACUUUGUUCUUAGGGAAACAUACUACCACCACAGUCCUCCAAAGAAGCCAUCAACGACAGGAGCAGCAAAAGGGUUGAAGCUCAUAUUGCUCCAUAAUUCUCAUUAUAGGCGCCACAUCUCUUCAGCUGGCUGAACCAUUCAGCUAUUCAAUUGCAACAAUCAUGUUCAAUUUCUUUUGACAUUUUUAGAUUGUGGUGCUUUGCAAUCAGGGGCAAGAAGAUCCUUUAGAGGUAGAGAGGGGUAGAUGGGGAAGCCUUCCUGCCAUGUUCUGAAAUGGUGGGGUUGCUUUCUUCUUGAACCUUUAUUGCAAUGAGAUUGCUAAUGUUUUACUUUUUCUUUUUGUGGGGUACAAUAAAAGAAUCUGCUACGAACUAAGAGACUAUGUCCUCAACAUUGGUUUUGGUUAAGAAAAUUGCAUCCUCAGUUCCAUUCAGAGACUAUGUCCUCAAUUGUUAGUGAACGUUAUAUCUAUCGAAAUUCUUGGAAAGGUUGUGAAUGGGCCUUUUGUAAAACUGCUUUAGCCAGUUGAUGCAUUUUCCUUUUUA